AUUUUUUUGUCCCGAUGUCGCCUCCGCCAGCCCACGCUCCAGCACAGGGUCCCAAGAAAAGGAAAAUGCGCCCGCAGCCCAGCGCCAACGUCCUGGGCGCGACUGCUCGCGUCACACCGCACUCGGCUCCGCCAAGACAUUCUACACGAACGCCUGCGGCCUCCGAGGCCAGCGGCGUCGCUCGCCAGCGGCAGGCUGGGCCCCUGGCCGCGGCGAGCGUCAAGGCUCGACCUCAACAUCCAGCACGCCUGGCGGGCACGCGACCGAAAUCAGAUCCGCCGUGCCCUCAAGGGGCCUCUGAGCGCCCCAGCUCUUCAGCAAGCUUGGAAUGACAGCACGAGCCGGAGGAGGAGGAGGAGGAGGAGGAGGAGGAGGAGGAGGAGGAGGAGGAGGAGGAGGAGGAGGAGGAGGAAAAACCAGGCACACUCGCUGGCCACCGCAGCCCGCUCUCGUAGCGGCAAGCGGCGGGCGUCUCUCCGCGCCCCGGUCCAGGCACCCGUGGAGGGAGGAAGGACGAGGCGGAAGACGAGGAGGAGGAGGACGAGGAAAGAGGGAGCCGAGGCCCACCCGUCCAGGCAUCUCGGCCUGGCGCCGCGCCAGCCGGCCUCUUCGGAAGAAGGGCGGCGCGUUCCACUCGCAACAAAUCGGCGCCUGCGACAGAGCCUUCCCGGACGCCGAAUUCGGACGACAAAGGGGCCAGCAAGACAAGGCCAAGGAGGGCCAAGCACAAGCGGAGCCAGGAGAGGGGGGGCGGGGAGCCAGGAGCGACAGCGCGGGAGGAGGGGGAGGGGGACGGACCAAGAGAGAGAGAGGGGGAGAAGGAGCCAAGGGGGGAGGAGUCGACGGAGCCAAAAAGGAGGCACACGCACAAAGGCAGGGAAGAGGAAGGAAGGGGCACGCAGUCCAGGGGCGUGUGAGAGCGGAGGAGGAGAAUGCUCAUGGGUCGGAGUCACUGUCCUCGUCGUCAAGCACUGGGACGUCAUAGGCCUCCACAGCUGGUGCGCCUCCCGCAACCUGCCGCCAGCGAGCUGUGGGCGGCCGAGCGCGAGUCGCGGCUGGCCGAGGAGUAGCCGCACGGCGGGCCGCAGCGUGCGAAUCCAGCGCGUGCGAACCCGCGGUGGAUGAUGACCGCGACAGGGAUCCGCUCAGCGAGGGGCGCCAUCUGGAUCGAGAAAGUGUCCUACCUCUUGCCUGGUCCAGGGGCGCCGGCAACGCCUCGCUCCUGAAGCGAUGCCCGGGAGACGCCUGCAGCGGCUGGUACGCCAGCGGGAUGGUGGCGCUGCGUGCCAAGGAAUCAUGCACCGAGGUCCCAGUCAGGACCGCCUCGAUGGCGCGGCUGACGCGUCGGAACUGCUCACUCGUGCCAAACACCGUCAGAUGAUGCUCAUCCGGCGCUACAUCAGAAAGUGGGACCUGUACUCGCGCACCCGUCUCUUUGCGGAUCGCCUCAAUGACGUUGCCCUUUGCACCGAUGACUGCACCGCGGUCGCAAAUCAACAAUGAGAAGUGUCGAACUGUAGGGGGAUCUCGGCCGCGCCGACUGCUAGCGCAUUCAGAGCACUGCACGUUGACCACAUGACCCGCGUGAUGCGCCGCGACCAAUGGCAAACCAGCGAAUACCAGGGUCUGUUUGCGGCAAUCCGCCGUUUGGCAAGCACCAUUCUCCGCAGGCCUCAGGCAGCGGCACCUGCUGCGCCAAAGCCGACGCCUCCAGUAUGCCUUCGCGAUCGACGUGGAGGCUGCCACUGCGGAAGGAUGCUGCGACAAGGAUCUGGCGUCAGGGACGUGGGCCUUCGUACCCAACAAGGUCACGACAUCGUGUGAACGGGCUCGGAGAGAUGAUCGGGCAUACUGCAGAUCUGGUAGUUUCGUAGUGAGCGAAUGGAGUUGCUGCACAUCGACAGAGCCGUUCAUGACCUGCUGCUGCGUCCGCCGCGCCUUCCGAAUAUGUUGCGUCAGGGAUCGGUGAACAGUUGGCAAACUUGUACAUCGCCUGGCCGUGGCCAACAACAACGUAUUCACACGUUCCUCACACAAUUCGUUAUCUAUGGAAUCGGUUCCACCACAAUCUCCUGGGGCGGUGAAACAAUGCAUGAACAACUGGUGGGUGCGUCGGCACUCUGGCGGCAUGGACAAGUUCGCGGGGUCAUCCUUGAAAUGAAGUAGGCCACGAUCUGGGAUGAUGUCGACACUAUUGUCCACUCCGUCAAGCCUUAUGUACCGAUAGUGCACUGCACGUGUAACGUGUUCAAACAUUAUGCCAUUUGCCUGGAGCGCUGUCCUCAUGCGACGGACUUGCGCCCCAGCAAUAUGCUCAAUCUUGAAACAAGAUUUCCCUGGCAUCCAAGGGAGCACCAGUCGGUCAUGAGUGAUCAGCUGAAUUUCGGUCAGCGUUGAAGCGACGAUUGGGAUAAGAUCGUGCAAGAACUCCUCUAAGAACAUUGCAUUCGACGGCAUGUCGGCCAGUGCAGCUUGUAUUUUCCCCAUGUCCGCUGAAUUUGAAUGGCUGCCCGUGGAACAACAAACAUCACGUAACGCUUUCAGGGAAUGCAUGCAAGGGUCUAGACCAUACGGGUCCACAACAAGAAUGCGUGUCGGCAUCGUCUGCGCAAACAGGGACCCAUGAAGAAACCCAUAUGUGAUGCCCUGUUGACCUUCACCGAUCGUUUUGCGCUGGAGCAGCUGGCCUGUGGCAGCGGGUGUCCGUGGGUUGGAGAUGGAACUGCCUGGCGUGCCCUCGCUGACCGGCCACUCGGGAAGCUGGCCAGCUGACGCGCCGCCGAGUACAUCCAUACCGUGAUCGAGGCCACCUGGCUCGGCACUCGGCGACUCCAAAGGCUCCCGAAGAUGGGCUGCCCUUCUCGGCGUGGAUGCCCCCGCCUCGAUGCGACGAGCCCCGCCGUGACAGGCAGCGUGGGACUCAGGAGGGCCACUGCCCACGGCCAGGCAUGUCACGCUUCCGCCUUCGCCGCCAGGGUCGGCAACUCCGCAACCGCCACCGCCUACAACGCUGCCACCAAUGCCAAUGCCCCGCUCGCCUCCAACAGUGUCCAAGCCGCCGUCUCCGCCCCCGCCUCCACCACCCACGCCGCCGUCACCUCCGCAUCCGCAUCCCUCACCAGUGCCGCCUCCACCUCCCCCUCCGCC